AUGGAUGACUCCAGUGGUGACAUUGGAGAACCUCUUCGUCACACUGCAGAACUGAGCACUGAGGUCAAGGAGCCAUCUCACUACCCUGCAACCUCAGACCCCUGCAACCUCAGACCCUGCAACCUCAGACCCCUGCAACUUCAGACCCUGCAACCUCAGACCCUGCAACCUCAGACCCCUGCAACCUUAGACCCCUGCAACCUCAGAUCCUGCAACCUCAGAUCCUGCAACCUCAGAUCCUGCAACCUCAGACCCCUGCAACCUCAGACUCUGCAACUUCAGACCCUGCAACCUCAGAUCCUGCAACCUCAGAUCCUGCAACCUCAGACCCCUGCAACCUCAGACCCCUGCAACCUCAGACCCCUGCAACCUCAGACCCCUGCAACCUCAGACCCCUUCAACCUCAGACCCUACAACCUCAGACCCCUGCAACCUCAGACCCCUGCAACCUCAGACCCCUGCAACCUCAGACCCCUGCAACCUCAGACCCCUGCAACCUCAGACCCCUGCAACCUCAGACCCCUGCAACCUCAGACCCCUGCAACUCAGACCCCUGCAACCUCAGACCCCUGCAACCUCAGACCCCUGCAACUUCAGACCCCUGCAACUUCAGACCCCUGCAACCUCAGACCCCUGCAACUUCAGACCCUGCAACCUCAGACCCCUGCAACCUCAGACCCUGCAACCUCAGACCCCUGCAACCUCAGACCCCUGCAACCUCAGACCCUGCAACCUCAGACCCCUGCAACUCCAGACCCUGCAACCUCAGACCCCUGCAACCUCAGACCCCUGCAACCUCAGACCCCUGCAACCUCAGACCCCUGCAACUCAGACCCCUGCAACCUCAGACCCCUGCAACUUCAGACCCCUGCAACUUCAGACCCCUGCAACCUCAGACCCCUGCAACUUCAGACCCCUGCAACUUCAGACCCUGCAACCUCAGACCCUGCAACCUCAGACCCUGCAACCUCAGAUCCUGCAACCUCAGACCCUGCAACUCAGACCCCUGCAACUCAGACCCCUGCAACCUCAGACCCCUGCAACCUCAGACCCCUGCAACUCAGACCCCUGCAACCUCAGACCCCUGCAACUCAGACCCCUCAACUCACCCCUGCAACUCAGACCCCUCAGACCCCUGCAACUCAGACCCCUGCAACUCAGACCCUGUAA